GAGUAUGGCCACAGGGAUGUGGACAGCCUCUUCUGGUAUUGCGAGGACUGUUGGCUUACGUUCUGCGGUCGCAGGAGGCGCUGUGGCCUCUGCAGGGUCUUGAAGGACGAGGGCCACGUGGAUCAGGCGGGCUUCACUCCGCCCCUGGGUACCGGAGAAGAUCGGAGUCUGGCUCUCGAAGUCGAUCACGAUCACGCUCCCGUGGCAAAGGAGCGCGGCGUGCCGGGUGUAUCUUCGGUGCAACGCUACGAUGAAGUGCAGGGCUUCAAGAAGGAGUUCAAACCCUAUCAUGCCACCAGCGUCCCAAAGGAAACGGACUUUGCAGCUGUUGCCACCAGUGACAAUCCUCCGACUACGGCCAUGCUGAGGAACAUACCCAGCAAGUGCACACAGGCAUCGCUGCUAGAAGAGAUCGAUUCCGAGGGCUUCACCGGCCUGUAUGAUUUCUUCUACCUUCCCAUGGACGUACGCAACAAAACCAACGUCGGCUACGCAUUCGUCAACUUCUUGCAGCCUAGUGACAUGACGCGGUUCUCCGAACACUUUGAGGGGUACCGCUUCAAGAACAACCAGAGCCAGAAGAUAGCAACGGUGAGCCCUGCACAUGUACAGGGUUUGAAGCGGAAUGUCCAGCAGCUGUCCAAGAAGGCUGUUCUCCACUUCAACAAGGGACAGUACAAACCAGUGGUGUUCCGAAAUGGUGAGAAGGUUGAUUUCGAAGUCUUGGCCAAGGAGUUUGCCUGA